AAAAUCCCAGCAACAAGAAGAAAAACAAAAGAGCUGGGCUCAUAGAGCCGUAGCAGUCACCCCUUUUUAGGAGGGAUCCAAUGCCCACCGUUUCUCUCUCCUCACUUCGCUUCUCUCUCUCUCCUUUUACUCUUGCCCCUAGUCGUCCCUCCCUUCCAAAACAAUCAAUAUACUACCCAAAGUCAGCGCCUCCCCCUUAUCUCCUCCUCCUCCUGCUCCUCGCCUCCUCCUGCAAACCUUUCCACAACCCAACCACUGCGCUGCGCUCUCCGGUCGACCAGUCCCAAUGGAGGAGGAGCACUGUGCCAACAACUGGGACCUGCACGCCGUCGUGCGCUUCGGCUGCCGACGCGCCAUGUCUCCGCCGACGCCGCGUCGGCAGGACCCCUUCGCCACGUUCCUGCCGCCGCCGCCUGUGAAAGAGCAGCCGGUCGAUGCCGGCUGGUGCUUUCCCGACCUCGGCGCUGGGUUUGGACAGGACGCCGACGAGCUGCUCAAGGCCUUCUGCGCCCCACCUUCUCCGCCCCAGCUGCCUCCACCUCUUCUACCGCAGCAGCUGCCCGUGUCUCCUCCUCCUCCGACGCCGCAAAAGCAGCAACAGCAGCAGGCGAUGAUGGCACCGGCGGAAGUGCCGCUCCAGACAGCUGCUUCUCCCCCAGCGCCGAGGCCGCAGCCUAGCGGGCGGCAGGGCUCCGGCGGCGUGCCGAGAUCCAAGAGAAGGAAGAACCAGCAGAAGAAGGUGGUGUGCCACGUCGCGGCGGACGCCGUGUCCUCCGACGUCUGGGCAUGGCGCAAGUACGGCCAGAAACCCAUCAAGGGCUCCCCCUACCCAAGGGGGUACUACCGGUGCAGCACCGCCAAGGGCUGCCCGGCGCGGAAGCAGCUGGAGCGCAGCCGCGCCGACCCCAACACCUUCAUCCUCACCUUCACGGGCGACCACAACCACGCCGCCCCCACGCACCGCAACUCGCUCGCCGGCACCAGCCGCCACAAGUUCCCCGCCACGUCCUCCUCCUCCUCCGCGCGGCCCCGGCCUCCGCCGCCGUCGGUCGUGGCGGCGGGCGAGGCGCACCCCUCGACGUCCGCGGGCCUCUCGCCCACCACGCCGCUGCGCGCGUCCUCCUCCUCCGAGGACGAGGACGAGCUGCUAGUCGAGGACAUGGAGAUGGCCGGCGAGGACGACCUCCUCUUCCUCAGCGGCGAAAGCGACAACGCCGCCACGCCGCUGUCCUCGCUCUUCGACGUCGACGAGCCUUUCUUGGGCUCGCCCUGGACAGAGAUGGCCACAGGAGCGGCGGGCGCCGCCGGGAGUUGACCUGCUGAUCUUGGCUUCUCGUAGAGGAGGGGAUGGGAAGAAAGAUGAAGAGAGCAUCUGAUCCACCACUACAAUUUAGAGGGAGUAGUUUUUAGCAUUGGUAGUCAGAGCUUCUUCAUCAUUCUUCCUCUCCGGCUCAAAACCAAUCUCUCUCUCUCCCUCAGCCUCUCUUCUUAUUUUUGCUGCUCCUUUUUUAGGUAUGGAUGAAACUUUGCAUCUCUUUUCCUUAGAUGUCUGAUUUAUACAGUUGUAUAUAGAAAGUGGCAGAUGAUGAACCAACCAACCAACCAUAGCAGAUAGAUGAAAGAAAAGGGAAGAACUAAAGAAGAUAUGCUCCGUAUAUGGGUGGCUCUUCUCGGUUCUUCCUUUCUCUGCGCAACAACUUCCUUUCUGAAUGUAGCUUGUCCCGCCUGAUCUUGAAAAGAUGAUAACCCCUUAA